AAAAGGAGUAGCGAAGCCUCUUGAUCUUAUUGAACCUGAAAACAAACCCAGAUUAAAGAUUCAGAAAAUCCCCUCAGAAACCCAGUUUCGGAUUCACAUUCAGGUUACUGGGCCGAGUCUGAUCCACGCAAUCAUGGAGCAGGAACAGAAGAAAACGACAUUGAAUGAUCAAGACGACGCCGAAGUCGAGGCACUGGAGCUCGUGCUUUUUCAAGUCCCCGAAUGCUACGUCUACUUGAUCCCGCCGAGAAAAAGUGCAGCUUCAUACAGGGCUGAUGAAUGGGAUGUAAACAAAUGGGAAUGGGAAGGAAUACUGAAAGUCAUAAGCAAAGGAGAAGACUGCAUUAUCAGACUUGAAGAGAAGAACACUGGUGAACUAUAUGCUCGGGCAUUUUUAAGAAAAGGAGAGCCACAUCCGGUGGAACCUGUAAUUGAUAGCAGCAGAUACUUUGUUCUUCGUGUAGAGGAAAACAUAGACGGUCGACUUCGGCAUGCUUUCAUUGGCAUAGGAUUUCGAGAAAGAACAGAAGCUUAUGAUUUCCAAGCAGCCCUGCAUGAUCACAUGAAAUAUCUAAACAAGAAGAAAACUGCAGAAGAGAUGGAACAGAAAUUUCAGCAAACUUCAUCAGUUGAUUACAGCUUAAAAGAGGGGGAGACUCUUGUACUGCAAUUAAAAAGUAAAAGUACGGAAGGUGUGAAGUCCAAGCUCUCGGAGCUAGCAGUAAGCAAUUCGCCAAAAAAGAGUAACCAAAAAGAGUCAUUGAUCUGUAUCAAACCACCACCACCUCCUCCAGGACCGCUCUCACCUUCUACGAAUGCCCUGAAGCCUUCCACAAACCCACCAAAUCUGAGUCUUGAGGGAGCUCCUAAAUUUCCAGAAUCAGUGACAGAUGAUUCAAAAGAAACUAAUGCUUCGGCAAAUCAAAGCACACAAGAUAUACCAGAUGACGACUUUGGGGAUUUUCAGGCAGCCGUUUAAUACAAAACUAUAGUCCAUUUUAUUCACCCCAUAAUCUAUUGUUUUAUUGAAAAACUGUAAUACCCUGAUGUAAAAAUUACUGUAAUAGACAAUACGUUGUUUAAAUUUGUAAUUUAUUUUUGUUUAUUUCACAAAACACAUAUCUAUUAAUAUAUAUAUAUAUAUAUUAAUU